AUGGCUGGAGGCUGCGGCAACAGGGCCGGGGGCUGCGGCGGAGGGUAUGGCUGCCAGGGCAGCGCCAUGCUGGGGCAGAUGGGAGGAAUGCCCUGCGGGUGCGGGAUGCCCAUGGGCAUGCCUGGCAUGAUCGGCAUGACUGGCAUGGCUGGCAUGAUGCCGGUGGCCUCCAUGGGCAUGCCGAUGAUGGCCCAGUCCAUGAUGAGCAUGCCAGCCAUGGGCAUGCCGAUGGCGAUGCCGAUGGCAGUGGGCAUGGCCCCGAUGGCACAGCUGGGGCAGAUGGCGCCGCAGAUGGGGCAGCAUCCCACCAUGCAGGCGGGCGGCGCGUCGUCCUCCAGCGCGGGCCCCUCGCCCUCUCCGCAGGCGGCCAUGCAGGCCAGCGGGAGCGGCCCCGCCGGCGACGUCAUGGCCAACCCGCUGCUGGCCGCCGUGGCGCAGGCCACGGGCGCCAGCGCGAGCGCUUCGAGCAGCCCGCAGCCGCCGCCUCCGGAGGUGCCCCUGAGCAAGGAUGCGAGGCGGGAGCAGCUGGUGGAGCAGCUGAAGCAGGCCGGCGAGGAGCUGUCCCGGAAGACGAGGGCGCACCACGAGGCGAGGAGGACCGAGGAGCGAGCGGAGGCCGGCACCGCAGAGGCGUCCCAGCCGAAGGAGCCCGGGGGGGCAGAGCCCGCGCAGGAGCCGCCGGCGGAAGCGGAGGCCCCCAAGUGCCACCUGCACAGCGCGAAGAAGCCCAACCCGAAGUGCAAGUUCUGCCAGCGAAGUAUGAUCAGGAGGGAGGCCUCCGCGGCCGAGAAGGUCGCAGGCAGCAGGAAGCCACAGGAGCUGGCGCCGGAGCUGACCGGCAGGAACGAGGACGUGGAGGACUACUCCAGGCGGACCUUCAACUGCAGUCCAAUGCUGAAGGAGCAGAUCUUGCAGUCGAGCUACUUUAAGAGCCUGCUGGACAUAAUUAAAUGA